AAAUUGACUUCAUGGUGUAAUGCCAAGUCAGCCGUAAGGCAUUUAGAUAAAAAAAACUAAAAAAAUACAUGUUUAUCUUAAACUUAACCUAAAACGUCUAUUAUAACAGUUGUAUUUUUUCUUCUAAAGACAAACUGUUUCUCUGAUGAUUGAAAAAGACUAAUGAAAUACUAUCUUGUACCAUGGCUUUAACAAGACAAGGAUGUAAGUUAGGGUUGUGGGCCCAUCAGAAAUGCUGUUCACAUUACAAUUCAAACUUAUUCAAACUACCAAGCCUCCAUGUUGUAUUUGCUAAACCACUCAGUACUACAAAUCCUCGUCAUGAUUUAAUGGAGUUCUUUGACGAUAAGAAGAAUUGGGGUGAAGAUACAAUUAGAGUUGGAAGGUCCUGGAGAAAAGAUGAACUUCGGAUUAAAAGUAAUUCCGAUCUUCAUAAGCUAUGGUAUGUGCUUUUAAAAGAAAGGAACAUGUUGAUGUCAAUGGAACAUGAAUGCAAAGAAGCUUUUGAAGUAUUUCCAAAUCCUGAGAGACUUGAUAAGGUAAAGGAAAGCAUGCACAAUUUAGAGGAGGUAGUAAUAGAAAGAAAUAAAGCCUACCACGAAUUAGAAACUGGUGAGACAGGAAUAAGACCAGCGAAGACUGUAACUAACCAGAUUGGAAUUCCAUAUUUCUACAAAAUGUGUGAACAUUUAAUUCCAAAGUUCCUGAAUACUAAAUGGAGAGAAACCCACAACUUCAGAGAUCAAUAUGAUGAAACUAAGACAUUUCUUGCUUUGUUGGGAGAAAAAGAACACGCAAGAUUGAGGAGAUCCAUAAAGGGCCAGACAAAUCAUGUUUUAGGCUUAAUGAGGAGGUUCCCGAAUCUCGAUCUUGAAGCUAUCAAGGAAAAGUAUCCUGAUGUUGAUAUAGAAAAAAUCAAGAACUCUGAUGAAGCCAGAGGACACUGGGUUCCUUGAGAAAGACUAGGCAAUGUUUUGUCACUAAUUUAGUCAUGAGAAUACAAAAUAAACAAUUAUGUACAAAUUGUAAA